UGAAAUACUUCCUUUCUGUGCAAAUCUUUGCAAAUCUUUCCUUCUGAGCUCACUUAAAAUUAAGAAUUCAUAUCUAAUUAUGCAUUUAUGCAUAACCAAAGUUAUGCACCGUUUCAAAUUCAUUGAUAUGAAUACAAAUAAAAUCGAAACUAUUCUUAAUAAAAUAAUUGAUAUGCACUUUACUGAUUGCCAUCUCUAUGUUUGCAUACUCACUGGGCGCCGUUCAAAAGCAAUCUCAUGCCAAGUGCGCCAAUGAGAAUACAACCUGACCAAUCCAAUUCACUUACACUUACAAGACGGCCUAAAAAGAACUAAAACCAAGGAGUAAGAAAACACGGAAUGACUUGAAGCCGUAUAAGAAAGUUAUGUUGACCAUUUUGACUACAAGAUUAAAAUAGCAAGAAAAACAAUGUAGAGGGGAAUUCAAUUAUUUUGUUUGACAAAAGCUCAAUCCUUAUAGUUCUGUGUUCUCACGGGAAUUAUAAUCCCUUGAUUUAAUUUAGCUGGACAGCGAUUCAAUUAAUAAUGAAUAGAAUCGGACUGGCUCACUUUUCAGACUAAUGAAAUUAUUACUAUUUUGAUUUGAUUUUGUUUUUUUUAAUUUGGUUGAAUCCAAACAAAAACUGUAAAUUUAACAUAAUUAAUAGGUCGAAAUAUAAUUACAUUGCUUAUUUAAUAUAUUACCAUUGUAUAAAAUGGAACUAGACAAGUCAACUUGUGUGAGCUCUGAAUCGUGAAACCAGUACACACACAAUUACAGAACUUGACCUCUUAUAAAUUCAGUUUCAUAGGAGAAUUUUGUAUUACCGCUCCUUACUCGAACCUUGCCCCUUAGCUCGCCUUGCGGCGACGAUGGUCCAUCAUUAGGUUUGAGAUCUUGCGUGGGGGAAUGGUUGAACUUCUUAAGUUGAGAUUAACUAUGCUUCUGAGAAUAAUAAUUCUGAGAAUCUGGAAAAAAACAUAGUGUUCUGAUUAGGAUCGAAUCAGUUCAUGUUAUACAACUGAAUCGAAUCGGGGAAGAAUAUUCCACCUUGAUACUUCAAUUUUGUGUAAUUAUGAUUUGGUCCUAGAAUAAUUUAGUCCGAUUUUGGACUCCAUCGACCCAUACCCAGCCCACAUUGACCAAACUUUGCUACUGUCAGAAUCUCUCGUGACUUUUGUCACCCCCCAAAAUUCUUCACUUCCACAACACUUUCAUAUGCUGAUGGAUCCACUAUAUUAUCUUACCAAGUCGUAAAUUUCUCAAUAAACUAAAACCAAAACAAAUAUUUGAUAGAGAAUUCUGUUGAGGAAAAAGUUAAACUAAUGAAACCGGCUCUUAUUUGUACUCAGGUGGGAAAGAUUGGAAAUUUGGAAUUGGAGUCGGUCUCCGCUCCAUAACUUGUGUUGUAAGGUGGCAAACAAUGGUCUCUAUCUGCUGAUGUGGCCAAGUGUCGACAGACCAAAAAUACACAAAAUCCACACAACAUUGAGAAGCUUACCUUAAAUCGACAUCCCAAACCCAACGCGUUUAUUUCUGAACCAAUUCCUAAUUGAAUUAGGCUGCUUCACCACCUGCUUACUCCUCCUUCCCCAACCAUGAAGAUACGCAAAGGAAAGGAAGCUGCCUCGAAACCUCACCAUUUCUUCAGUUCCCACCACGCCUCUAACUAACUAACUACACCGCCUCCUCCUCUAUAUACCCAUUACUCACUCCAUCAUAAUCGAAUCCCAAGGUAAACCCAUUUCCCGCAACAACAACAGAGAAGCUUUUGACAUCAUCCAACGCCAUGGUCGCUGCUGCAACCUUGCCCUGGCUCCAGAGUCCAAACAUCCGGCUGCCGACGGACCCACCGGAGACUCUCGACAUCCUGUCCUUCGAGGUAGCCAGCACAAUGUCCCGACUCAUUUCCCUCAACAGCUUCCUCUCCGAGAACGAAUUCACCAGGCUUCGAAAUGGGCCGUUGAGAUCGAGAGGAGUCAGGUACUUGAAUUCCGAAGACGAGUUCCACCUUCUUAGUCUAGCCUGCUGUGAGAAGCUCGACGAGCUCGAUUCAGCGGCCUUCACCGUCUCUCGUCUAGGCCGGAGAUGCUCCGACCCGGGUCUCAGAUGCCGCAGUUACGACUACGAGGAUUUGAAACAGGGGAUUGUAGUGGCUCGAGACAGGGUCGAAUUCUACUCGAAGCAAGGGAACGGGAGCAAGAUUUUCCGCAAGAUGGAGAAGUACGUCUCCGCAACGACCCAACUGCACGCGGGGUUGGAAAGUUUGGCGGAGAUGGAAGCGUCCGAGCGCAAGUUUCAGAUGCUGAAGCUGAAACUGGAGCCCUCCAAGUUCAUCACGAACAACGGCUGCAUUGACGGGCAGAGGAUAGCGGCGCAACGGAAACAGAUCAAACGCUGCAGAGAAACUUCCCUUUGGAACGUGACGUUCGACAAGAGCGUUCGCCUAAUGGCCGAAGCGAUCCGAGUGAUCUUCAUCCGAAUGUGUAAGCUCUUCGGACCCUUCGUCUCCUUCCUUCCAUGUCUGGCGAGGAGCAGCGAUUUGGGUUUGAAAUCGAAGCCGAAGAACGCCCAACUGUACGCGUCGGGCCCGAUUCAGAAAUCUUCAAUACCAUCAACUCCGCCCAGAUUUUACAGUCAGGAACUUUCAUCGAACACCUGGCGUGCAAACCCCGGGGAAGAAACCAGGCAGAGACUACCGAUAACGCCGCCAUCCACGGCGGGCGGGUCGGGCCUGGCUCUGCGACUCGCGGAGAUAAUCGUACUGGCGGAGAGAUACUUGCACUUUACGACGAGCAUAGACGACGAAGCGCGAUCGGCAAUGUACGAGAUGCUGCCCGAGAGUUUGAGGGCGGCGGUGAAGAGGAAAUUGGAGAGGCAGUGGAAUCGAGAGGAGAUCGGGGGUUCGGCGUGCCAGGUGGCGCUGGCGGAAGGGUGGAGGGAGGCGGCGGGGAAGAUAUUGGAGUGGCUGGCGCCGAUGGCGCACGACACGGUGAAGUGGCAGGCGGAUCGGCAGUUGGAGAGACAGAUGGCGGUGGACUUGGACGGGAGAGCGAAGGGAUCGGUGCUGCUUGUGCAGACGCUGCACUAUUCGGACACGGAGAAAACGGAGGCGGCGAUCGUGGAGGUUUUGGUGGCGCUGAGUUGCGUGUACAGGUACGAGGAUCUUAGAUUCCGUCGGGAUUAAGUCUGCGGCGGAGGCGGCUGGCUGCUUUGGAAUUGGAAGCGAGUAGUGGUAUAGUAGUAUUAGAGAUAGAGAUUGGGAAACUAGAGGGUAGAAAUGGGGUUUUGCUGCUUGUUUUUGGGUUCUUUUUAAUCAAUUUCAUUCUUUCCCCCUCCUUUGAUGGGCUGGGGCAAUAACAGAAAGCGAAAGGGUAGAAAUGGGUAGGGCUGGGAAUGUAGACCAAACCGUAUGACAACCCAUGGUUUAGACCGUACCGUAUGAUUUGGUCUGGACCGUUAGACCAUGAAUACAAUUUGGUCUGGUCC